GUUGUCAGAGUUCAUUUUUUAAUGUUAUCGUGUGCAAAUAUAUAUUUUUUACCGCCUCAUGAUGCAAAAAGAUAGUCGUAACAAAAAUUAUCCUGUCACGUGGUAUUUUUAGAUUCAUCACCAUCAUUAUUUUUAAUUAAAAAUGUCAAAAAGCCAUAAAAAUGCCGCUGUUUGAUAGCAUACAAAGCUAUUAUAUUAGCUUGAAGGUUGCAUUUUUGUAGACGAUAAUUUUAUCUUUUUCUCAUUGGCUCUCCAAGUAUAUUUUCUGCAAAAAUGUCGCAUAAAAAAAUUGAUAUCGGCGAGGAUGAUCAGUUAAUAGAAGAGAAUACAGUUGUCUCGAAAAAUGACAUUCGUUUAUUCUGCUUUGAUAUCAGUCGGUGCAGCACUAAAGCUCAAUUGUUGUGGUGUAGUUUAGGAAUAUUUACAUUUUAUAUUCUGUAUGGAUAUUUACAGGAAUUGAUAUUCACUCUGGAUGGCUUCAGACCAUUUGGAUGGUACUUAACUUUAAUUCAAUUUGGCUACUAUUCAGUAUUUGGAUGGCUAGAAUGUCGAAUUAGGAAUAUCAACAGGAAAAUACCAGUCAAAACUUACUUGUUGCUUGCAUUGUUUACUCUGGGUACCAUGGGCUUUUCGAAUUCUUCCCUUGGAUAUUUGAACUAUCCCACACAGGUAAUUUUCAAAUGCUGCAAACUAAUUCCAGUACUGAUUGGUAGCAUCUUGAUUCAAGGCAAGUCCUACGGAUUUUUAGACUUCGUCGCGGCUAGUCUCAUGUGUCUAGGCUUGAUUCUAUUCACUUUGGCGGACAGCAUGAUCUCGCCACGUUUCAAUGCAGUAGGGGUCACUAUGAUCAGCUGUGCUUUGCUCUGCGACGCCUUAAUCGGUAAUGUCCAGGAAAAAGCGAUGCGCCAACACAAGGCUAGUAACACCGAAGUUGUGUUCUACUCUUACAGCAUUGGCUUCGUCUAUCUGUUCCUAAUACUCAUGUACACUGGGGAUAUUUUCAAAGGUGCCUCCUUUUGUAGUCAGCAUCCCAUUGAAACGUAUGGAUAUGCGUUGUUGUUCUCGAUGUCUGGAUACUUGGGCAUGCAAAUAGUUUUAAGUUUGGUGCAAUGCUGCGGAGCCUUCGUUGCAGCAACGGUAACGACUUGUCGCAAAGCCGUCACCAUCAUCAUUAGUUUCCUCUUUUUCUACAAGCCCUUCACCUUCACGUACGUCUGGUCGGGGCUAAUCGUUUUGCUAGGAAUUUAUCUUAAUGUCUACAGCAAACAGAACAAGACAAGCUUUGCGGAAAUCUGGAAAGGACUUAAAAAAUGCAUCAGGCGGCAAAAUCGCAUUCAAAGACGAAUCAUGACGAAAGUGUAAAAGAACAGAUCCGUUUGU